AUGUCGUUGAAUCGCUGUGCUCGGCACGUCUCGCGGUUGACUCCCGCCACAAGCUCGAGAGCUGCUAUCACCGCCCGCAGUUGGGCCCAGUUGCGCCAUGUGUCGAGCAGCUCAGAUGAACACCACGGAGUUCUCUCCGCAUCCCUCAAAGAAGCCGACCCCACAGUCUAUCAGAUCGUCCAAAAGGAGAAGAAACGUCAGAAGCACUUUAUCAACUUGAUUCCAUCGGAGAACUUCACCUCCCAAGCCGUCCUCGAUGCCUUGGGCAGUGUCAUGCAGAACAAAUACUCAGAGGGAUACCCCGGCGCAAGAUACUAUGGAGGCAAUCAGUUUAUCGACGAGGCGGAACGGCUGUGCCAACAGCGCGCGCUCGAGACCUUCCGAUUGAACCCGGAGGAAUGGGGGGUGAACGUCCAGCCACUGUCCGGUUCUCCUGCCAACCUCUAUGCCUACUCCGCCCUGCUGAAUACCCACGAUCGUCUCAUGGGAUUGGAUCUGCCGCACGGCGGCCACCUGUCCCAUGGAUACCAAACGCCGAGCAAGAAGAUCUCCUUCAUCUCGAAAUACUUUGAGACCAUGCCCUACCGGUUGGACGAAAGCACGGGCUUGAUCGACUACGACGCCCUCGAGAAGUCCGCCGCCCUCUUUCGCCCCAAGCUGAUCGUCGCCGGAACCUCCGCCUACAGCCGGCUGAUCGACUACGCCCGCAUGCGCAAGAUCGCCGACUCCGUGGGCGCAUACCUCCUCAGCGACAUGGCGCACAUCUCGGGCCUCGUCGCCGCCGACGUCAUCCCCUCGCCGUUUCCCUUCUCCGACGUCGUCACCACAACCACCCACAAGUCCCUGCGCGGGCCGCGCGGCGCCAUGAUCUUCUACCGCAAGGGCGUCCGCCGGACGGACAAGAAGGGCGUCCCGGAGAUGUACGACCUCGAACAACCCAUCAACGCUUCCGUGUUCCCCGGCCACCAGGGCGGCCCGCACAACCACACCAUUACCGCCCUCGCCGUCGCCCUGGGCCAAGCCCAGUCCAAGCAGUUCCGCACCUACCAGCAAACAGUCCUUGCCAAUGCCCAGGCCCUGGCCGACCGGCUCGGCCAGCCCAGCAACAACGGCGGCCUGGGAUAUAACAUCGUCUCGGGCGGAACAGACAACCACCUCGUCCUGGUCGACCUGAAGAACCGCGGCGUCGACGGCGCCCGCGUCGAACGGGUCCUCGAACUCUGCGGCGUCGCAAGUAACAAGAAUACCGUCCCAGGCGAUAGAUCCGCCCUCAAGCCCGGCGGUCUCCGCCUGGGAACCCCCGCCAUGACCUCGCGCGGCUUUCAACCCGAUGAUUUCCGUCGCGUCGCGGAUAUAGUCGACCACGCGGUCAUCGUCACCCAGAAACUCGACAAGGCCGCCCGCGAGGCUGCCGCCGCAAACGGCGUCAAAAACCCGGCUACCCUGCGUGCCUUUUUGGAUUAUCUCGGUGAGGGCGAGGAGGUCUCGGAUAUCGUCAUGCUGAGACAGGAGGUAGAAGAUUGGGUGGGUACUUUUAGUCUUCCAUGGCAGGAGUAG